CUUUCGAACCAGCGACAGACAACCAGUGAACAAGCAAGUGAUCUCACGCUCUGAAGGCUUUCCCAGAUCUACAGUAUAGGUGUCUGCCUCUGGGACUUUCGCCUGGUGGUCCAAUCUUGUUUUCUUUGCCCCUGUUGUUGCAUCCACCCUACUCUUGAAUCUCACCGCGUGUGUUGGGCUGCAUCGCUCAUUCGCACCACCCCGCCGCAGCCACCACCACCACUACUACGAGAGCUCCUUCGCUAUGUCUACCGCAAUGGAAGUCGACAACAACGCUGCUAGCAAGUCUGCCGCCAGCAAUGGUACCACCGGAGCCAAUUCCGAAGCCCUUACGGCUCAGAACGCUGUUGCCGUCCGUAGUAUCGAAGGAUGGAUCGUCAUUGCCACCAACAUCCACGAAGAAGCCACCGAAGAAGAUAUCACUGAUUUAUUUGCCGAGUAUGGUGAAAUCAAGAAUUUGCAUCUGAACCUCGAUCGCAGGACGGGCUACGUCAAGGGCUACGUUCUAAUCGAGUUCUCCACCCAACCGGAAGCAUCUGCCGCGAUAAAUGCACUCAACGGAUCAAAACUCCUUGAUCAAACCAUCUCCGUCGACUAUGCUUUUGUACGGCCGCCACCAAAGGAUGCCAACAAGGCCCGAUCUGGUGCUACCGCCAACAAGGGAAGACGUGCCGCUGCGAGAAGCCGGAGUCGGAGCAAGAGUCGGAGCCGCAGUCAUGACAGAACGAGGGGAGAAAGAGAUGCGGACAAGAUGGAAAGAGAUUAACUUGGCUGCGUGCUAUUGAUUGGGAGCCUUUCCGAUAACCAUUGACGACUCUGCCAACACCCGCUGGUCUUUGGCUCUGCGGUCUCCAGUCCUGUCACUCGAGCCUGACCUGAGCUCAAAGACAUGGGUCUUGCGUGCCCGCUCACCAUCCACCAGAAAACCAUGCACGUCGCCUAGGCGCCGUUCUAUGCUUUUCAACACGUUAGCUCCAGGCUACCGUCUCAAUAUGCCGAUCCCAUGUGGUCGGUUCCUAACUAAGGUCGAGACAGGUACGGUGACUUGACUAUCUUACGCAAUACCCUGGCAUGUUAUUGACGUGCUUCAUAGCAUCAGCAGUCCAUACGGCGAUCCAUAUUGACCUGGGUUGCACACUUGUGCCUCCAGCGUGACUUCAUUCUUUUCGAACGUGACAUAGCUGGCUCAAUUCGACAGGCGAAAUUCUCCAUGAACUAGGUCUCAACUCCCUAUACACCUAGCUUCGAACUUCGGGUACAUCAAUCAUCUUCACGACCUCAAAAUGUCGAGUAUCAUGCAUUCCAGCUUUACCAAAAGGACAGUUUGGCCGACCGCACUCUCUCAAUGAUCCGACAUUUGGACAAUGGUGGCCAUUCAAACACGUCGGAUCGCGGCAAUCGGGUCCAUCGACACAUGGGAUCAGUCGAGCCAUCGAGCGUAAUUGCAGGUAUAAGCUUGUGUCAAUCUCCCCAUGAUCAUACGGGCAUUGCUUUCCCUCUGGCUGUGGACAAGCUCCUCGCAAGUGGUAAUUGUUGCACAGUUUGUGAGUCAAAUGACGGUCCCGGAACGAUUUUUGCUCGGCGCUGGUGGGAAACGGGAGAGAUAGAUCGAUACGUUGGCCGUAUUUGUUCACCGCAAUUGGGGAAAAUAUCGGUCGGCGCUCUGGCUCCGGUUGUCUCUGCCUCACAUGGCUCGAUUGGAACGUCUUCCUGCUUAGUCCGUUGACGCCACGAGUUGUACUUAAUAGGAAUGCCGACUCGUUGGAUGAAGAUGACGAUCCAGGGCGGCCGAUGAUUCCGAGCUUAGGUCCAUUCACUUCUGCCGCGGCCCUCAUAGGAGAAGCCGCAGCCCCGGCAGUUGGUGAACUUCUGGACAUGUGUGAGACUGGAGCAUCCGGCCUGGAGGAGCUACCUGAGCUGGGAGCUCUUGACCAAGAGGCCGCUGAAGGAGGACGAUCGUGGUUAGGCGUGAAACCCUCUGUUGUGGACUUCUGGUCCGGGGGUAUAUCAUCCCACGACCCUUCAAACUCACGCACACCUCGUUGCUCAAGGCGUGAUUGUAUAGGAUGAGACCCGUGACCCUUGACACCAUUAGUCUCGACAGCGAAAAUGUGAGGAGCCCUUCCUUUUCCCCCCCCUCUCCCAAGAUGUCCUUGAUGGGUGGGCCUGCUACUCUUUUCCCGCUUGUGUAUAUUGGCUGUUGUUGAAGAAGUAUCCUUUGCUUCAUCUUCCCAUUCUGUGGCGAUCGGGGCCUGACCAAGGUGGCCUCCCUCGGACUCCCAGUUGAACCCUUUUGCAGUGGUUGGAGGCGUGUCCACCUUGGAGAGUCUCAUUGUGUCCGCCACCCAGUCCCCAUCGAUAGAACCCAAUAGAUCGGACGUGGCACCU